AUGAGCGAGCGCGCGGAGGACUCAACCACCGGAUCCAGGUGUCUGCUACCUGUCAGCAGGUACUCGGGCCUGUCCAUUGACCAGGUGAAUUUCCUGGCCUGCCAGCUGCUGGCUCUGACUGCUGCCUUCUGGUUUCGUCUCUACCUCAGUCCCAGCCAUGCCAGCCCUCUGGUCAGGCAUGCAUUCGCCACGCUCCUGGGGAUGGCUUUUCUCAUCUUCUGCUUUGGAUGGUACUCCGCUCAUAUCCUGACUGUGGUGGCUGCAAACUACCUCAUCAUCAUCAAGGCUGACAUCAAUAACGUUCACAGGUACUCCAUGAUGACUGCUAUGGGCUACCUGACAGCGUGCCACGUGAGCCGAGUCUUCAUCUUUAACUACGGAUUACUUUCCACCGACUUCUCUGGACCUUUGAUGAUCGUCACCCAGAAGAUAACCAUGUUGGCCUUCCAGCUUCAUGAUGGCAUGUGUAAGAAAAGUGAGCAGCUGACGUCAAAUCAGAAGUUUGUGGCUAUAAAAGCGAGGCCUUCUCUCCUGGAGUACCUGAGCUACAACGUGAACUUCCUGAGCGUCCUGGUGGGGCCGUGCAGUAACUAUCAGGACUACAUCGACUUCAUAGAGGGCAGACACGUAAACCGCAGGCUGAGGCAGCACACCACCACGUGGAGCGGCCAGAACGGUCACCACACCACUCCGGACAUAUCUCCCUCUAAAACUGUGUGCAGAAAGCUUGUGGUGUGCAGCGGCUGUAUGCUCUUCUUCAUGGUUGUGACCCGCUCGCUGCCCAUCACCUUCAACGUGGACCCGGACUUCAUCAACCAGGCCUCCUUCCUGUCCAGGCUCACCUACUCGUUCUUCUCCAUACAAGCAGCAAGACCCAAGUUCUACUUCGCCUGGACGCUUGCUGAUGCUGUAAACAACGCCGCAGGUUACGGCUUUCAGGGUUUGGAUGAACGUGGAAAACCUUCCUGGGACCUGGUCUCUAACCUCAACAUCAUUGGGAUCGAGACAGCGACCAGCUUCAAGACCUUCAUCGACAACUGGAACAUUCAGACUGGGAUCUGGCUCAAAACGGUGUGUUAUGAUCGAGCCCCAAAGCACCGGUUGGCGCUGACCUUCAUCCUGUCCGCCCUGUGGCACGGCGUUUAUCCCGGUUAUUAUUUCACCUUCAUCACGGCCAUCCCCAUCACCAUCGCAGCUCGAGCUGUCCGCAGGUCCGUCCGGCCCUUCUUCCUGGGCUCCAGAACAUGGAAGUUUGCGUACGACGUGGUGACGUGGGCAGCCACCCAGCUGACCAUCGGCUACACCGUCAUGCCUUUUCUGCUGCUUUCACUGGACCACACCUUGAUUUAUUACAGGUCCAUGUACUUCUACGUGCACAUCAUCAGCCUUCUGGCUGCAGUCGCCCUCCAUCGGAAACGUGAACCCAGAGAAGCCUCCAAAUCCGCCCCCCCAGCCCAGCUCCAGCCUGUUCACUCCAACAAUAAUGGCACACUACACUGA